ACGCGAAAGAUGUCCAUCGUGAAAACCACCGUGAAUCUCCAGAGGAUUGACUGGCUGCUGCCGAAAGGUGCAGUCAGUGUGCGGAUCGCCCCGGAAUACAUCCCCGGUCCAGUUGGCCGAGGACAAACCAGUUCCAGUGAUGCUGGCCGUCGGAAGAAGUGCCGCACCAGGCCGCCGGCAGCCAGCUCCCUGACCACGUCUGCCUCUCCUGGAUCUGCUGCCAUCCCGGUGGCAACCAGCAGGGGUCAGCAGGGCACAGGCCGCCGUAGAAAUACGGCGGGAGGCCGGUCAGGGCGAAGAAGGAGGUAUGACCAACAGAAGGGGUUAGAGCCUAAGCCCAGCUCACCAACCUUCUCCUCCUCUUCAUUUUUAUUUCCGUCUUCAGCCCCCUCCUCUUUUGUUUCAUCCCCAUUUCUUUUUAUGGGCUCCUCUGUUUUAUCCCCACACUUAGUCACACCUGUAAGCCCAGCUCCACAUCCAUAUUCAGCUCCAGGCCUGGUUCAUCUGACCCAUCUGCUUCAGGCUCCAGCACAGGCUGUAGCCGCCUCAUCUCACCUGGAAAAAUUCUAUUGGUUGUAUAACUAUUAUGUAACCAAGUACUCUAAAAUGACCUAUGACGCCAAGUGCUUUACUGAGUACUGGUGUCAGGAGUUUUGGAACAGACAUUUAAAUGAAAUUAACUUAGCGAAACAGGGGAAGAAUGAGGAUAAUGAGGGUACUCAUUCAUCCAAGAGGCGUAGGAUUGAUGAAGAUGAGUUCAUCUUUCCUAUUGAUGCACUGGAGCAGCUAAGUACCAUGCCCAGGGCUCAGGAGAUGGGUGUGGAAAUGGGCUAUCAGUCAGAUGCACAUAGCUACAUUUCCCUGUAGAUUCAGCACAUAAUUACACGAGAGUUGUCAUACAUACUUAGGAUAAGAUAAAAUUAGGAUAUGUUACCAUGUAGUUCUAUAGCAUAAGGUACUAUAGGAUAAGCUUAAGAUAGGAUAAGGUUAAGAUAGGACAAGUUAAGAUAGUCUUAACUUGUAUGCCAUUUUAUGUUUUACAAAGACAUGAUAAAUUACCAUAAGUUUAGGAUAAGAUUAUAUGAGAUAACAUAGUAUAAGAAUAAGAUAGGAUUGCAUAGCAUAAGAUAAGAAA